CGUGGUGAUGCAUGCCUUAACCCUCGGCGACGCCAAACUGAAACGAUAAUCAAACCCAAAAGUCUCCUCAACUUCCAAUCACGUCCAUCUGCCUCACCUGAAUGUGAUCAUUGAUUAUUCAGAGACGUCUUUUACUUCUUCAUGUUCUCUUUUGAACUCUUCCUGUCAAUGACCAUGUAGCUUCAACAUUAGCAUAGUUUCACUUGCACUGAUCAAACUAUACUGUUCUUCAAGCUCUCCUAAUUCCUUCUCUGUACCCCUUUCAUGCUCUCGUCUGAUCACAUUCGGAUAGUCCUUGAUUAUCUUCAUGCAUCUCCACUAAAAAGCUAGAGAACAAAUGAAAACCAUAUUUUUAUGACAAAGGUUUUGCAUUCAAAUGGUACCUUCUUUGACUUUUGCGGUUUUGCUACAUGGUUAACGUCCGAUCACUGCUCUCAUAUAUAUCUUCAUUAAUUUUGAAGAUUUUCAUCUGGGAAGCAUUUCUACGAGGUUUUCAUUCGUGGGUGUAUGCAAUUUUUGUGAUUAUUGGUAUAUUUCAAUGGUGGAGCUUCAAUCCUGUGCUGGCUUGGUCAAUGCUUUUGCAUUGUGUGCUAUAGAGCAAGAAGUGAAAGGGGAGGGUAUCAGUGUUAUUGCUGAGAUUACUGCCGAGUUACAAAGGGAAAGACGGAAGAAUGCUGAGCUUUUGGAGAGAAUAUCAAUUCUUGAAGCUCAAAUACAGGAAAGAAAAAAACAAUCUCUUCCUACAGAUGGACAAGGCAGUUGUCCCAAUGCAAUGGAAAGAAGCUUCAAGAAGUUAAAAAGACAGAAAACAGAACGGAGUGCUGGAACUGAGAAUGGAAACAUUAGCAAAAGUGAAAUGGCAACACAGCAGACGCAUGACUCGCAGUGUUCACCCCCGGGAGAGGCAAGCCUAGAAGACUGCUUGGUUAGUUGGAUGAGAAAGGAUGAGAACCAUUUUUUUCAUUACGAAAAAUUUAAAGAUGGUGAUUCAACAGCAGACUGUGAUGAUACAGAUGAUAGUGAUGAUGAAGAUGAUGAUUAUCAUGAAGAGGAUGAUAUUAACAGUGGCCAUAAAGUUGGGAAUAUCGAUGAGACUUCAAUAACUGCUAUUGAACGGAAAGAAUAUCCUCAUGAAGGUGGUGAUGAGGGAUUACUUAUACCAUGUUUGGAAAGUUCCUCUGGUGUUGAGCUUGAGCCAACAUUUUCAAUUGUGAGCCAAAAAACGAAUGAAAACCAAAAUGAAAAUGGUAUGGCAGCUGAUACACAGCCAGGUUAUGAUAAGAGGGAACUCAAAAGACUUGACAGGAAAGAGACCAAAAAUACUGGAGGACAUAAAGAACUAUCUGAGUUCCUUAGUUUUGAUAAAGAGGUUUGUCAUAGCCAAUCAUUACAAAAAAAAAACCUCCAAAGGUGGCUUUCUAUCCAAAAGAAGGGAAGAAAAUUAUUGAUUCAAAUAUCCUGUUGCAGAAAAAUGCUCAGUCUCACACCAUAAGAAAAAUUAUA